AUGAAGUUUAAUUUCAAAUCACUUUAGAUUUUGCAUUUACUGGGUUCUCCAUCCGACGACUUCAGUUUCAAGAUAACCAUUCUUUAUUGUGGCGCUUUCUCUGAUGACAUGGGUAAUGGAAAAUAUCGCUCUAGCUACGCCAUUGUUAGGCCAGAUGGCACUUGGUCAUUUGUGAAGAAACUCUCUUCCAUCAUUGACGUUGAGAAAAGAGAAGAAAUAACGAAUGACGUUGAGCGAGUUGACCUCACAGCCGCCCUACAACACACUAAAUCAGUUAUCAAACCUGAUGUGGCUUUGAUUCAUUUUGUUUGUUACAAAGGAACAACAAUUUACAGGUCAGAUAUCUAUAUACUGUACUUUUUCAUAUUAACACUGUCUCAAUAUGGUAAUGUGCGCUCAGUCAACAGUUAUCUUGCGAUAUACCACUUAUCUUGUGAAAUCUCCCACAAUAUAUCAGUCUUCAGUGAUUUUAACCAACUAAGCCUAAGGAGAGUCAAGAUUAUCUUUUCCGUCUCAGGAGAUCCCUUAACAGUUGAAGAAAUCAAGUACCCGUGUGUGGUGAAAGCAAGCUUAGGAGAGGACACCAAGGCAGUGCGAUUGGUGAAAAACCAGGAAACAUUGCAUGAAGCCAUUGAGCAUGCACUUUCCUUUUCGGAUCAUGUAAUUAUUGAAAGGUUCAUCGAGGGAAGAGAAAUCCGUUGCGCUGUUUUAGAAUCUGUGAAAACUGGGAAGUUGAAAGCUCUGGCGUGCAUUGAGUACAAUGUUUGUCAGGACGACAUUAGGAAAACCGAGGUCAAAUUACAGUUAAACGAAAAGGGCCUUCCCCUUGGCAAGUCUCCAGCUACUAAAACGUGGUUCCUUGAUCCUUUAAAGGAAGGAGAACUCAUCAACCGCAUUCACCAGCAAAGUUACCGAGCUUUCCGAGAGUUGGGUCUCCAAGAUUUUGCAGCGUUUGAUUUCCGGAUAGACCGCCAAGGGAACCCAUUUUUUCUGGAANUUUGUUUUUGA